AUGGAUGACCUUCUUCGAGACGAGCUGCUGCCCGCUUUGGCACUGCUCUUGCGGCCAGUGGAUUUGUGGUCUCUGCGCCCCUUGAGGCGGCAGGCCGCCUUUGCUGUCCUUUGUCCCUCCAUGCUGCCUCGCCUGCGCGGCUUUUGGGCAGCAAAGCCUGAGAACGUCAGUGAGGUGCUCCGCAAAGGCCCACAACCGUCUGCCGCACUGUUGCGCUAUGUCGGGGAGCAGCUGCUGAUUGGCUGCCAUCCCUUCGUGCCCAACGAGCUAGGGCAAACAGCUCUUACGUGGGCUUCGGAGUAUGGUUUGGAAGAAGUUCUAGCGCUAUUGCUUGGAAUGGCUUUUGAUCAACCAGCCCACGUGCAGCAGGUCGAGUCAAAUGGAUGGUACCCGCUGUUCCGCGCAGCCUGGACGGGCCGAGCUGCUUGCGCACGUCUCCUGCUCAAAGCAGCGGCCCAUGUGGAAGGCCCAAUUUGCCGAAGCCGCUACUCGCCACUGAUGUGUGCUGCACGUUGGGGCCACCGCGAGGUGGUAGAAGCUUUGCUUGAAGCAUCUGCUGAUGUGAAGCGACGCAAUGACUUUGGUGAGGAUGCUUUGGUGCUGGCAAAAGGUCAGGGGCACUGGGAGGUCUGGCACUUGCUUCAAAGUGCUGGAGCGGAGAUUGGCCAUUGCAAGGAAGACGAAUGGCAAACUUCAAGCAGUGCCCGGCGAACGCUGGGCCAAGGUUGGAUCGCUUUGGGUCAGGACUUCUACCUUCAGGACACCAUCGCUCCAGCCGUCAGCGAUGAGUGCGAUGAAAAACACAUUGAACAUCCAAGCGUUGCAGCGUUGCGUCCAUGCUUCCCUCUCCCAAACAGAGUCCCACGUGGCAAAACAUGUGCUGAAGCAUUUUAG